AUGGGUUCAAAAGAGAAUUUUGGUACAGGUUCUCAUUCGGUUGUCCGUUCUUUCGCUCCUAUCAUAUCUGGGGUUUUCAGUGUCACGAAUCCGACCGGUGACGAAGAGAUCAAAGCUGAACUCGUGCCACCUGCUUGGCCAGUCACUACUACUACUACGACUUCGACUUCGACUUUGUCCGAGGGCAACGUCAAAACAGCCCAUCUCGACGUACGAUGUCGCGCAGAGACAGACACAAAAGAACAUGUUUAUAUUCGGUAUUCUGGAAUUUUGACGGUGGACGGAACCGUCGCGAAAGCGAUACGUCGUGAAUCAGAUUCAAAGUCGACACGAUUCGAAAAUCAUUCCAAUUGGUUCACCAAAGUCAUGAUCGAGACUUCGGAUCAAAGGUUGAAAUGGUUGGAAACGUUGUUUCUCGUUGGUCAGGGACGAAUUCAGGUUGAUGAUGACAAUGAUGACAAUGAUGCUGGUGGUGGAAGUCGGACUGGUGCAGAAUAUGCAAUUUAUAAAUUGUGUUGA